AUGGAUAGUGGCAUGUUGUGCAUGAGUGAAUUAGACUUGAGUAUACCAAGGUUUCAGAAUAUGGACCACAAUAAGACUAUAUUCGAGCGGGUGAAUGAGAUGGCUACAAGGAAAGGGUGCACUGCAGCUCAACUAGCCCUAGCCUGGGCACACCACCUAGGAACUGAUGUUGUUCCAAUACCAGGGACCACAAAACUUGAAAACUUUAACCAAAACGUUGGUGCUUUGUCUGUUAAGUUAACCCCAGAGGACAUGAUAGAACUCGAGCCAUUUGCUUCAAGUGAUGUAGUGGAGGGGGGAAGGAAUGGAUACAUGCAAAUGACAUGGAUAAACUCGGAUACUCCUACGUUGACAUCUUGGAAACGUAAUUAA